AAUAUAUAAUACUAAAAUGUUUUUCUUACAUUCGAACAUUUCAUAGAUUGUUUUCUCGUCCAUCAUUCAGUAACUGUCAAGUGUUACUACUUGCUCCUAUGUAUUCUCACAAAACCCUAACUCGAUAAACCUUUACUUCCUGAGUCCAGACCCUCCCGAGCUAACUCGGGCAGCCAUGGACGAGUCACCACUCGAACCUUCACACACCGAAAAUAUCCCUACAGAAGUCUUAAACCCUUCCGAGUUAACAAACUCAGCCAAGUCAAAAUCCGAACUUUUAGAGACUGAAAAUGCGGCGACGAAACCUCUUCCGGAAAACUCAGAUAGAGGCCAAUUAUCGGCGGAAGAACUAGUAGCAAAGGCAAUAGCUCCGGUGAAGAAGGAAUUUCUACGGCCACCCCCUAGUAGCAGGUCCGCUAUUUCAGAUACUAAUAAGGAUGAAAAUGGAAAAUCUGAAUCCACUAAAAAAAGCGGCAUUGUGAAAGAGAAGAAAUCGAAACGUCAACUUAAACGCGAACGCCGUGAGGAACGCAAUUCUUCGCUGAAUAUUUGCCCAUCAAUUGCAAAGACUGAGGAUGUUAGUUCGUGUAAUUAUGGUAAUAAAUGCCGUUUUAGCCAUGACUUGGAAGCUUAUAAGUCUGAGAGACCAGCUGAUCUGGAGGGAGAAUGCCCAUUCACCUCUGCUCAAAAGUUAUGCCCUUAUGGGUUGACUUGUAGAUUUUUUGGUACUCAUAAAGAUGUACCUAAUGAAAAUUUGGACACGCUGAAGGAAAGUUCUGAAGUGAAUGUGUUGAAGAAAGAUGUCCAAAAGCUUCUUUGGAAGAAUAAAAUGAAAUUUCCCAAGUCAAAUAUUGCUCUCAAACAGCUUGGACUUGUGGGGAAGGGCCACACAAGAGUAAAAGAGUCAGAAGAAGAAUUUACUAUUCCCAAGAUUGACAACAGUUCCCACUGCUCAGAGGAUAAUGGAUGUGAGAAGUAUGACUCUGGUGAUAAACAAGAUGCAUCUGUUGAUGAAGAACCAUCGGUGGAUGGCAUAUUGGCAAGUGAUGACAACAGACCUGUCAAGAAAGCAAAAUCUGAUGAUGAUGCUCAGAGAAAACCUUCCAAUGACAUAAAUAAUGGUGCUAGCCUCACUAGUGAAGGUUUAGUGGCGGACUCUACCAAAAAUGUUUCACAAAAUGAAAAUGAAUACCUGCCUCAGGAUUCUGAUGCCAGCUUAAAGUUACACCCUCGUGAAAAGAAACUUAUUGAUUUUCGGGGCAAGCUAUAUCUUGCACCCCUUACUACUGUUGGGAAUCUUCCUUUCCGUAGAGUUUGCAAGGUUUUAGGAGCUGACGUGACAUGUGGUGAAAUGGCCAUGUGCACAAAUCUUCUUCAGGGCCAAGCUUCAGAAUGGGCGCUUCUCCGACGACAUAAAUCCGAGGAUUUGUUUGGUGUACAAAUUUGUGGGGCUUAUCCUGAUACUGUUGCACGUGCUGUUGAGCUUAUCGACCAAGAAUGUUCUGUAGAUUUUAUCGAUAUUAACAUGGGAUGUCCGAUUGAUAUUGUCGUCAAUAAAGGCGCUGGAUCUGCUCUUCUUACAAAACCAUUGCGUAUGAAAAAUGUAAUACAGGCGGCGUGUGCCUCUGCGGAGAAACCUAUUACUGUCAAGGUUAGAACUGGCUACAUUGAAGGAAGGAAUCGUGUAGACUCAUUUAUAUCUGAUAUUUAUGAAUGGGGAGCUUCUGCAUUAACAAUACAUGGGCGAUCCCGCCAGCAAAGAUAUAGUAAACUUGCUGAUUGGGAAUAUAUUAACACUUGUGUUAGAAAAGCUCCCAGCUCAUUUCAAGUGCUUGGAAAUGGAGAUGUCUUUUCAUAUGUGGACUGGAAUAAGCAUUUUUCUGACUGUCCUGAGCUUUCUUCUUGUAUGAUCGCUCGAGGAGCUUUGCUAAAGCCAUGGCUAUUCACUGAAAUCAAGGAACAAAGGCAUUGGGAUAUUAGUUCUGGUGAGCGAUUGGAUAUACUUAAAGACUAUGUGCGUUUUGGCCUUGAGCACUGGGGUUCUGAUUCAAAAGGAGUGGAAACUACCAGGCACUUCUUGUUGGAAUGGCUUAGCUAUACAUGUAGAUACGUCCCCGUUGGCUUACUAGAAGUUAUCCCACAACGACUCAAUUGGCGACCACCUUCUUAUUAUGGUCGUGAUUACUUAGAGACACUGAUGGCUUCCGAGUCUGCAGCUGACUGGAUUCGAAUCUCAGAAAUGUUGCUAGGAAAGGUUCCUUCUGGCUUCACGUUUGCACCAAAACAUAAAUCGAAUGCCUAUGAUAGUGCAGAAAACGGCUAAUUUUCUGAGUGCCACUGGUUAUCAGUUUAUUCCUGGCAUGGAAUUUCCUAUUGCUUAUGAUUUUGGAAUAAUCACUAAUUCUACAGCUACUUUGAUUUUUAAUAAGGCAUGUUGCUUGUGCUGUUGUUUCGACCC